AUGGCCUAUUUGCAUCUAUCAAGCUUUUUGUGGAAAGCAUUGGCGUUUUAUUUGAUAGUUCUAACUGGUGUUUACUUUUGGUGGGGAAUCAGAGGGUUAUUUUUAGGUUUAUUAGCUGGUGUGUUUUGUUCUUUUCUUAUAAAUGUUAUUCACAAAGAACAAAUAUUCGAAGAAAUAAUAGACGAAAUCCUUAUUCCAGAAUUUAUCGACAAACGGCCAUUUAGAGAAGCUGAUCAUCUGAAGAAAGAGGAAAUUCUACAGGAUAUCUUGCAUUGUGUUAAUGACAAAGUAAACGAUGAAAUGGGAAUUAAGUAUGAAUAUACUGAUACUAGAACGUUGCUUUUACAGUAUAAGACUCUCAUUUCAGAGUUUGAGAUGAAAUAUUUAGUACACUAUAAGAAUAAACCUGUUGAAGAUAUUCGAGGUUGGGACAAAAUUAUGUUAGUAGCAAAGAACAUCCACGACGAAGACUUAAAUUUUGCCUAUAAGAACGUUGUUUCCUCGGACCUAAUUAAUAAAUAUAGCACAAAAGAACCAACCAUUGAAGCUAAAUUCUAUAAACCGGGCGAUAUUCCUGUUAAUCUACUAAAUAAAAAUUUUCGUAGGAAAAAUGGUGUAAGUAAAGAAAAACAUUUCGAUGUUUAG